CUUCUCAUUCCUUCCCUUCGUCCAUCGCAGACCCAACAUAUUUUCUUACCAUUUUUUUCCUUCAGGUUUUUGGGCUCUUUUUCAUACCUGAUUCUCUCCUCGAUCGAAGUUUGAAACGUGUUGAAAGUCAAAAAAAAAAAAAGGCAGGGUGGGGUGGUGGGAUGAAGUUUGGCAAGAGAUUAAAGCAACAAAUUCAAGAAAGCUUGCCGGGCUGGCGAGACAAGUUCUUGUCCUACAAGGAUUUAAAGCAGCUUCUAAAUUUAAUCUCAUCAGCUCCGCCAGUGUUGAGUGGAUCAGUCGAGUAUGUUCGAGCAGAAUCGGAGUUUGUAGUCCUGUUGAACAAGGAGAUCGACAAACUCAAUUCAUUCUUCAUGGAGAAAGAAGAGGACUUCAUCAUUCGGCAUAAGGAAUUGCAACAGAGGAUCCAAAGGAUGAUAGCUAAAUCCGGGAGCGAGGCGUCGGAGAUAGAUUACAAAGCGGAGAUGCGAAAGAUCAGAAAAGACAUUGUUGAUUUCCACGGCGAAAUGGUGCUCCUUAUCAACUACAGCAACGUCAAUUAUACAGGAUUGGCUAAGAUAUUGAAGAAGUAUGACAAAAGAACAGGCGGAUUAUUGCGCUUGCCCUUCAUCCAAAAGGUGCUGCAACAGCCAUUCUUCACCACGGAUCUCAUAUCAAAGCUCAUUAAAGAGUGUGAAAUCACAAUAGAUUCAUUGUUCCCAGCUCCUGCAGAAAAGAAAGCUAGAGGUGAAAUAGAGGCAAUAACUGUUGCUGGUGAAGGAAUUUUUCGGAAUACGGUGGCUGCUCUUCUGACCAUGCAAGAGAUCAGAAGAGGCAGCUCCACUUACAGUCAUUUUUCUUUGCCACCUCUCAACUUGCCAGACACUGAUGUUGUCAAAUCUCUGCAACUCAGUUCACCCAUACCCAUUCCUUAGAACCAUGUAUUAUUAUUACGCAUUAUACCACAUGAUAUAUGCUCUUGACACUUGGUUUGAUUAGAUGAUAGAUCAAGAAUGAGGCAUUCCCAGUUUUUUUUUGUCAAUCGGUUUUUUGGCCUGAAACAUUUGAGAUUGAGCUACUACUUAUAGCCAGAAAGUGAAGGCCCUGUUUUUGGUGGAUUAGCUCGCUCGAACUUUUCAGGGGUUUUUUUAUGCCCAAAAAAAAAAAAAAACUGUGGUGCUGUUUAGAUGCAAUACGAAAGAAGUCAUUACGCAAUUUAGCUGGUUAAA